AUGAGUUCAAAGUCUACAACUUCAACCGACAAUAGUAGUGACAAUUCUAAUCGAAAUUUGGCGUCGUGUGCAGCUGGUAAUCGACUAAGCUCAUCUUCACAUCAUGUUCGACAUCAUUCGUAUGAUACAACAUCGAAUACACUUGCCGCCCAGAUCUUUCCACAGUCUCGAUCCAAUCGAAAAGAAAGUUUCCAUUCGAAAAUUCUACCAACACGUGGAUCCCAUCGACAUACAUCUUCGUACGCUCUUGAUCGAUCAACUCUUGCCGAUUUAAAUAGUAAUCAUUAUCAUCAACAUAACUAUUCAGCAUCACAAGAAAAUCUACGACAUUCCGAUACCGACUCAGCAACAUUUACGUCAGUUUCAUUAAAGAAUCCUGUUUCACCAAUAUCUAUACCAUCGACAACAACGACGGCUGUACCACCGAACUCCUUUCCGUCGUCAUUAUCCCAUACGAAUUGCAGAUCCUCGUGUUCGUCAUCCAAUUCUUCGGCAAUUCUCAAUCAUUUCAAUGUUCACAACGCUAAAUUAAUUGCUUUAUUACUCUUCUUUGCAUUACUUUUCUAUCAUGGAUCACUACGUUAUAUCAAAGGUGCUACAUCAUGUCAUCGUCUGUUGAACGAAGGCCGUAUUGAACGUUAUCAUGUCUGGCAGCCGACCGGUUGCAUGAUACAUUGGUAUGAUCUUCUUGAUUUCAACCAAUGUACACGUCUAAUCACGCAAUCAUCCUCCACAGUGGACAAAAGUCUUCUCGCCACACGGAAAGCAUUUAACAAUCGUAUUGAUCCAGGCGAAUGGCUGCGAACACGCAAACAAGAACAGCAACGGUUAAAACAAGAAAAACAAGACAAAACCAAGAUCAAUUUCUCGUAUACGUUCGUCGGUGAUGAACGUCUUUACAUGAUCUAUCGAACGUUUAUCAAUACCAUCAAAUAUCAUUCGAAUCUGUCUAGAAAAAAGCCAUCUGCGCGGCAAAAAGAAAAAGAUCAUAAACAACAUAAACAAUAUCCAAUUGUUUACAAGCACGAAAAGAAUCUAACGUACACAAAUGAGAAUUUCAUUCUACAAUACUAUUCGGUUCAAACAUUCAAUGAUUAUCUUUACAAUCUUUUGUACUCGUGGACAACAAACAGUUCGAUACGACCGCAUGUUCUAGUUCUCGGUCUUGGCUUGUACGACGGUUUACGUGAUAAUGCAAGUUUAGACACAAUGAAAUACUUCGAAGGUAAUCUAACGCGUAUCAAACAAAACUUGUUGACGAAUAUUAGUUUAACAACCACGAUCUUCUGGUUCGGACAACCACAUUUAGCUUUAAAUGAACAUUUAUUUCAUUUUUCUCAUCAUGCCUUUCAACAACAACAAAUUGAAUAUAUCAAUGAACUUAUCUCGAAACUAAACUCCUACAUCGAUCGAAUGAAUUCCAUUGCCAAACAUGUCUUCUAUCGUACGAACAUCUAUUGGCAUUCAUCCACAUUGUUAGAAGAGUAUUCAUCUCUAUCGAGCGAGAAUACUUUUCUCUACGAUGAUAAUAAUGAUCAAUACUUCGUUACAUACGAUCAAGAUGAUUACGACGAUGAUGAUACCGAAUCCGCACAUGAUACUGAACAUGAUGAUUCAACCCAAUCUUCAUCAUCGACCACGACGACAGCAUUUAUUCAAAAUCUUACAUCGUUGCUCUAUCUUGACUUCGAUGAUUCAUCAACAAACCAAACAGAAACGGUUUAUUAUUCUUACAUGCCAUUACGAAAAAAUCAUACGAUUUUGUCUACAGCGUUAAUCAAUAGUGGCAAAAUCUACGAAUUUUACAAACUAUCCUCGUUCACUCGACAUACGUGUGUUCAAAUUCUCUUAAAUGCACUGUGCAAUCCGUUGUUGUUGCCCGACGACGGUACAUGUUGUGCUCAAGUACCACCGUUAACACGUCUACAAUUUCUCCUCAGCCUCAUCUUAGGAUGUUCGAUAACAUUCUUCAUAAUCUACAUUGUUUAUCGUAUUCGAUCUGUCUUCAUUUUGAAACGUAAAAGUCAUGUUAAAUCAAAAUACGGUAAAUUAAUCCAUCAUGAUAAUCAACAUACGCAACAUCAUGAGAACAAUUCCAUGUCCAAUGGCCAUUGUCAUAUGAACGGAGCAUUUACUGAAGAAGGCGAUGAAGCUGACCAGCAGUUAUUGACACCGACAAUGAAUGGAGGUUGUCCGUCAAAUGAUUCACAUAGUAACAAUUCAAAUCAGAAUCAACUACCGAACGGGCUCGGUCGUCAUCGAUUUUUGAUACCGAAGUUUCUACACAAUCUUGGCAAAAAAUAUCGCAAACAUUUGCUACCUCCAUUGUUAUUGACAACAUCCAUCGCGACGCAGUCAUCGUCGUCAUCGUCGUCAUCAAAUGGAAAUCAUAACACAAAUUCUUCCUAUCCAUCGAGAUUCUACAAAAAGAAAAACUCGCUUUUUUACUUUCCUUUCUCGGAUUUGAAUAUUCUUCGUACAAGUGUGAAAUAUGCAUUUAUUCUUCUUUAUUUCUAUUUGGCUGAUCGUACAGAUUUUUUAAUGAAAGAAAAUUCUCAUUUUUCACGUAUUGCUUUUUUCUUACCAUUGACAUAUAUUGGUAUCCUCGGUAUCUUUUUCCACGAUAAGUACUUUCAAAAACCAACAUCAAAUCGUUCGUCCCCAAAUCAACAAUCAAUACCAACGAGUCCAAACUCAGCAGCAGCAUCGAUGUUUUCGUCAACAAACAACACCGACUACGAACAAAUUCAAUCACAUUCGGAUUCCAACGAUGAGAACGGUUCGAUUUCAACGAAUGGAAUUCAUAACAAUAAUGACAGCUUCCUAAACAAAGAACAGAUCAAUGAAAUGCGAGGCUGGAUGAUGGUCAUACUUUUAGCCUAUCAAAUGACCGACGCAUCAGGCAAAAGUCUUGUUCUAUCCAUGUUAAUUCAAUUAUUGAUUAGCGCUUACCUAUUUCUGUCAGCCUACAGUCAUUUUCAUUUUUACUGGACCACGGGAAACUAUCAAUUUCUACCAUUCAUACAAAUGCUAUUCAAAUACAAUUUCUUAACCAUAACAUUAUGUUUGUUAAUGAAUCGUCAUUACCAAUCGUACUAUUACCCACCAUUGAUAUCGUUCUACUUUUCGUUAAUGUAUUUCAUCUUGGCUUGUAUACCACCGCGCAUAUCAGCAGCAUCGGUCAAAGAAAAACCGAUACAUUUCGUGUAUCUGUUAGCAAAAUUUCUACUCAUGGGUAUUUCUGUGACAAUCUUAAGUAUGUCAGCAUAUCUGUUCGAGAAAAUCUUUACUUUUCGCUUUUGGAAUAACUUGUUCACCACUUCAACAAUCACAUCGUCACUCGCUGCUUACGUUCAACAACUAGAUCAAUCAGAUUUAUCCUACAACGGUCUUCAUCAAUUACAUUCAUUAUUGAUCCACGAUAAAAGUUCUUUAUAUUAUAACGAAUACAAUACUCUAUUAGAUUACAUAUCUGGUAGUGGUCAAGGUAUCGUCGGUCCGGUUUCCAUGAAUGGCAUAUCAUUAAAUGAUAAACAAUAUUUGUAUUCGAAUCUUCAUCGAUAUAAUAUGAAUUCGUCAGUUCAUUUGUAUUAUGAUCGAAAUGGAACAAUUAAUGAUUGGUAUCAUCGAUGGAAUCUUGAUCGUUAUACCGUUUUAUAUGGCAUGUGUUUUGCAUUUUUGAUAUUAUUUAUUGAAAACUAUGAUACGUAUAAAACUUUGGGAAUCAAACGUAAACAAUAUCAACAAUUAACGUCAAAAUUCAAGACAAUUUUUUGUCUAUUAAGUCUCUUGGGAUUGAUUAUUUAUUUUAUUGUUUUAUUUUUAUGUUCAAAUAAAGCAAUAUGUGAUGAAAUACAUCCUUACAUCAUCAUCCUACCCGUCGUAAGUUACAUUCUCAUACGAAAUAUUCCAACAUUUUUUCGUCAACAUUAUUCGCCAUUCUUUUCUUGGUUUGGAAACAUAUCCUUGGAAUUGUUUGUUACUCAAUAUCACAUCUGGCUGGUCGCCAAUGGUCACGGAACGUUAACGAUUAUUCCACGUAUGCCAACAUUAAAUUUAAUCAUAACAACAUUUAUUUUCGUUUGCUGUUGUCAUGAGCUUCAUCGCAUAACAAAUAUCUUAACACCUGUUUUCGUACCUAAUGAUUGUAAAUGUUUCAUACGAAAUUGUCUUCUCUAUCUGCUGAUUAUUGUUGUUUCAUCUGUUCUUAUCACUUCUGAUGACUUAGUUAGAAAAGACUCGUAUGUUGAUGACAAUGUACAGAUGGUAGCUGUUGAUACUUUUGGCAAAUAG